AAAAAGCAUUUCUUUUAUAUAAUUUAUUUUCAGCAAACAAAAUGGUGAACCGCUUGCGUAGAGUAAAAUUCCGAGUCUGAGAGCAGGCACACACGCGUGUGACGCGUGACGAGGACACACAGGGACAGAUCAAUUCUACUUCAGCUGAUCAACUUCACCAGUGGCUCAAAUCGGAGAAGAUGAUUGCUUGCGUGGCGGUGAUCGGUCAUCAGAACAAUCCACUGUACAUUCAGAGCUUCACGGAGGCAGACGAUGCUCUCAAGCUCCACCACAUUGUCCACUGCUCCCUCGACGUGGUUGAAGAGCGAGUGAAUAAUCCAAAAAAAUCUGGGCCGACACUGAAUGAGACAUUUCUUGGAUUACUUUAUCCAACCGAGAAUUAUAAAGUGUACGGCUAUUUGACUAACACAAAGGUCAAAUUCAUCUUAGUCACUACAGAUUUAGAUGUCAGAGAUGCAGACGUGAGAAAUGUAAUGGAAGAAUACCAUUUUCACCGGAUUGAGCCGUAUGAGCAGUUGAUCAGCCCACAUUAUUUGACUGAAUGGGGCGUGGUGGUCGACCAUGAAGGGCCCAACAAGUGUUUUGAGUGUGAUUACUCUUAUCACAAUAAGUGCAAUGGAGCCUUUUACCCUUGCCUCUCUAAUAAGUACCCUGUUUCGGUUGGUUUCCACUUUGUGCAGCUAAAACUGAAGAUUCAAUUCUGGAGAAAUUAUUCUUAUUGAAUGAGAUGCGUAGAAGCUUGAUAGACACAUCCUCUAGAGUGGGAAUAAUCGAACUAGUUAAUAUCUGGUCUCUAACAGAAUCAAGGUCAGGUCUUAGCCCAAUCAUUGCCAAAACCAUGAAGAACCUGUCCCGCUAUUGCUCAGAAAUAUUAUCAGUACAUGGCAUGAUAGAAUUAAAUUCAUUUUUCAGUGAUUCUACCUGUCCCAAAUAACUAGACAUAUCUUGUUGAUUUUGCUGCAGAUGAACCAUAUCUGAUACUACCUUAUAAAUA